AUGAACUGCCCGCAGUGCAUGUUCGUCACGGAGUACAAACAUCACUUGGAGUACCACAUCCGAAACCACCUCGGCUCCAAGCCGUUCCGCUGCGAGAAGUGCGCAUACAUGUGCGUCAAUAAGAGCAUGCUGAACUCGCAUAUGAAGAGUCACAACAACGUUUAUCAGUUCCGCUGCGCCGACUGCACGUACGCCACCAAGUACUGCCAUUCCCUGAAGCAGCACCUGCGGAAGUACAACCACCGGAAGAGGGCUGAAGAUGGCGAGCCGGCACCGUCGACACCACAGACAAUCGGCUCCUCCGACUCGGCCUUCCAACGUCUCUCGGAAAGUGUCGGACUGAACGGCUUGAACGGAACGCCCAGCGUGGAGAUGAAGCCCCCGCCGAUGACCCCAACAACUCUUGCUCAAAGCCUUGGCCUCAGCCCAUUCCCCCAGCAGCCCCACCUCAACUAUCCGAACCCGAGCGGGCCGCUGAACAUCUUGUUGAGGCAUAACCCGAUGCCGUCGGCCCCAACGAUCCCGUUGAAGUGCACGAUCUGCGAGUACUCCACUGGUUCUCAGGAAGAGAUGAUCCGCCACAACAUGACCCACCUCAACCUGAACCUGUUGGCCCAGCAGGUCAGCCAGGCGAACAACCAAUUGCCCGUGCUCCCGCCCUUCCUCUCCCAGCUGCACAUCCCCACAAUGCCCGCGCCGAUCAAGCCGCCCAAUAGCCAUGAUAGUGGGAUUGAUGUGGUAAAAGAGGAAUCCGAAGGCCACCUGAGCCCCGAGCGCGGCGAGUCCUCCGGCUGCUCCUCCUCCCCAAUGCAUUCAUCCGAUGGAGAGGAUGCUGGCCAGGGGCGGAUGAGGAAGAAGCGGAAGCUGGAAGAGAUCUCAGCCCGACUAUCCCAAGGCAAAAGCCCUUCCCACAUCAGCAGCGAGGGCAGCCCGGUCAACAAUAAUGAUGAUGAGAGUCUGGUAGCUGAGCCGUCCUCCUCGCCGUCGACGGCGCAUUCUGAAGCCCAGCGUACUCCACCAACGAUGGCGCAUCCGAUGCCCAGAAUGCCGAAUAUGGAGGGGCCGCUCUCGAUUUUCCAGCAAGCGUACUUGGCGCAUCUCAACUCGCAGCUUCAGUUU